GCUUUCGAGGGUUUUCGCUGUUCUCUUUCACUUCGUAUCGUUUUAGUCGUACCGGAGAUUAUUUCGACGCGACUGCUUGCCAGAGUAGUGUUCGUGUUCGCCCCGAGUGAUCGAUUCGCUCUAUCGAGCUCGUGCUUCCAUACUUCGCUGUAGAAAGAUGCAUACUUCUUACUUCUCUAAGUUGGUUGUAAUCCUUUGAUUUCAGUCCAACUUUUCUACCCUGACGUGCAGCUUGAGCUUUACCUCUAUACGCCACUUUUCCAAGAAAAUCAAGAAACAUGUCUUCCCGCUUUGCAGCCGCACGCCAGCACUUGCUGAGCUCGUCUCCGGAUGGGUAUAAUCACGUCGGAGAUCCUGCGUUGUCGGUGGGAUUGGAAACGGAUUUUACGUACCCUUCUUCGAGUUUAACGACUGCCGCGCAGCCCGUGCUUACGACCAGUGCCUCCAGCAAUGCAGCGCACCGAAGAACGCAAUUCGCCGUGGCGGCGCCCGCGAUUUGUCCGGUGGCCAGCUUCGAGCGGGGCAUGGAGAUCAACCUGCGCGCGGGUCCGCGGUGCCACCCCACUGACGUUGGGAAGUCGGACAACCACUCCGCGGCGUGCUGUCGGGCGAUCGAGCGCGCGAAACUUGCAGCGGACUCCGCUGAGCGCACCGUGAAGAACAACUGGUUUAUCCGACACUGCGCCAUGGCCCCCUUCCCCUUUGCUUUGCCGAAACUCAUCGACGAGGCCUUGCUCGAAGAAGAAGAGGAGGAGGAGGGAGAAUCGGCUGGAGAGAGGAAGACGGAACAAACUUCAGCAAGGGGAGAAAGUAGUAGACACACAAGCGCUGCGCCUUCGACGCGAGAUCGGAGUGGAGACGAGACGCCGAACGCAUCAACAUUCACUCCUUUUGCGGGUUUGCGCUGCUUGUUGUGGAAGAGUGCCGGCAGGAGCGGUGACUGCGAUCGAGGGCUUCUGGACAAGGACGUCGACUCAUCAGAUCCAGUGGCGCAUCGCGAUUCUCUAGUAACUCCACUGGAGUCGUGGUUCGGAUGGCGUCAUCCACAGGAGAGUAGCACAGCAGAGGACGAUUACGACCACGAAAAUUUUGGUACACGACCCUUGCGGAUGCAAACGGGCAGGCGAGUGGUGGCCCUGUAUCAAAGAAAAAACUGAUGUUGAUGUUCCUGUUGUGGAACAGGCUGGCCGUGUUUUGCAGAAGUAAUAUAAAAUACUUACUUUCGUUUCGAACUCGAGGUUUUGCGGAUCGAUGACACAACAGCAACACAACAAAGUCAACGUAGCCGAGCUCUUUUUUGUUUCGUACUCUAGGUACUAGUUUAAAGAAUGUCUUCAAUCCAAC